AGGGAUGGGGGUGUGGUUUGGGAUUGAGAAUCUGUCCUCAGAAACAGGCAGUGUGGAGCAGACGACCACUUGUCAGAUACUCAGUUGCAUUUGUCCCCAGACAGCAUUUCUGCAUAAUCCAGAACUUCCAUGGUAUAUGUGGAGCUGAGCGACCGGGUUUGUUUUCAUUCCGUCCUGAGCCAGCGCCAGGUAGAGCAGGUGGCUGUGCCUGGCCCCGCGAGUAGGAGCCUCGUGUAGUUAUGCUGAAUGUCUGUGUGCCUAACAUCUUCAUCUCCUUUCCUGUACAUUGUGCCUAUCAUGUUCCAAAAUGUGAGACAGUGACUGCUUGUGUUCCAGUUUGUGUGCCGUUUCCUUGCCUGACUUUUAUUUUUCUGUUUUUCCUUUUCCAUUUCAACCUUUGUUUAUUUGGUCCCACGAUGUUUCUGCCAUGGGUUGACCAUUUUAAAUGUUCCGAGGAGAGCUGAUCUGAUCUGUGCAUUAAUUCUGUGUUCUGUGCUUUUCUAGGUCUCCAGAGAGAGCCCAAUCCCUGUUCUGUAAUAACUGUAGAGCACUUUAAAGACUCAGCAGGCGUUAAAGGCCUUCCCCUGUAUCCAGACCCCUCCAGAGUACCUGGCACGAAAACGCAGAACAAUUUAGAAUCGGACUACUUGGCCCGAGAUGGCCCUUCAAGCAACAGUUCAUUCCACAGCAGUGAAGAGGAAGGGACUGAUCUCGAGGGGGACAUGCUGGACUGCAGUGGGUCUCGACCUCUCCUCAUGGAGUCCGAAGAAGAGGACGAGAGCUGCAAGCCUCCCCAGGGGAAGCUGGGGGGAGCUCUUCCAUUCGCUCAGCAUGAAGUCUCUACUGAGCAAGCAAAGGCAGGCCAGGGCGGCCGAAAGAACCAGUUCCAAGCCCUCCCACAACCAGCCACAGACGGUCUCGGGGAGCCAGAUGUUUUUGCCACAGCCCCUUUCAGGAGCUCAAGGGUUCCAGCUGAUGACUUGGAUAUUUUCUCCAAAGCCCCGUUUGUCUCCAAGGGCAGCGUGGCUCCUUCCCAGCCAGAGGAAGCAGACGUGUUCUUGAGAGCUCCCUUUACCAAGAAGAAGAAUGUGGAGGAGUUAACGGUUGCCCAGAGCGCCCCCCAGGAGUUGCCUGUGCAGGCCAGUCUCCUCAGUCAGACUGAUGAUGUCCCUCUGCUCCCAGGCCUUGAGAGAGCAGUGUAUGCCCCUGUCCGAGCCCAGUACCCAGUGGCUGCUUUUGUCCAGCAGUCUAACCUCCCCUCCCAUUCUGUGCAAGCAGCAGACCAUCUUGACAGCAUCUCUCCCAGGGGAUCCUGCCUGGAAUCUGGGGGCCAUCCUAAUGACAGAAACAAAGGACCUCAGCCCCAGAAAGAAGCUAUCUCAGGCCCUGUGGCUGGCAAACCAUUCCGCCCCCAGUCUUUAUCCAAAUAUUCCCGUCACUAUAGCCCAGAAGAUGAGCCAAGUCCGGAAGCCCAGCCCAUUGCUGCCUACAAAAUUGUUUCCCAGACCAACAGACAGUCCAUAGCUGGCUCUGUUUCCAUCACAUCCCUUUCCUCCAGGACUACGGAGCUGUCAGCGGUGGAUCCGUUUGCUUUAGCACCCUUUCCUUCCAAAUCAGGCAAGCAGAAACCUUAGGAGCGCUACCUGAGCCUUCAAGCCUCUGUUUUUACCACACCCUCAGUACUCAUCACAUCACUCCCAGCUGAGCCUGUCUCAGAAGAAGUGCACCAGUUAUUAUCUCUCAGUUCCCCGUGUCCGAGCAGGAUUCCUGUGGGCAGCGAACUCCGUGGCAGUGAUACUCAGUUGAAACCCCUUUAAGUUAUGCUCACUUCUUUUGUUUGUAUUGAUUUCUGGACUUCCAGGCAUUUCCGUGGCCACAUCUCUGCUGUCUUUUUUGGCCCCAAGACUGUUUGAAUCCAGAAAUAACUUCACCCCAACCCCAGAGGGGCUAUGUUAUUGCGGAUUUUUUUUUUCCCUGCACUUCCUGCUCUGAGUCUUGUCUGUUGAGGACUCAAGAUUAGUCCCUUCAGGACUCGACUUAAUGCUCUUGCAAAGGGGAUAUUUAUGGAAAGAAAUCCAAGAUGAAAAUCCUGCAAAUGAAGAGGAAGUGUAAUCCUGCAGAUACUAAUCAUUCCUGUAAAACCAGCAGCUCUACAAAGGAUUCUCUGGAUCCGUUUCUGAGUCUUUGCGAGCCAGGCUAGCCUCUCACACAUGAGUGUUUGUGGGUGUGUGACCUGCAUCAGAUCCUUUCCUAUGGAGAAACUCGAACAGAUGAGCUGUCUGUGCUCAUGUUGAACAGUAUUGAGCCUUCCCACACCCAUGCUUUUUAAAUCACUCUGAGUGCACAGGUAUGCGUGUGUGUGCGUGUGUGUUUUGGCGCGCGCACAGGGAGCAUUUUUCCUGUAGGUAAAUCCUGUCUCACUAUGCCUACCUCCACAACCACUCAUUUACUGGCAUUUGUCUCCUGACCUAACUGAUUUGAGCCCUGUUUUUAUUUAGUUCUGUCUUGUGGCAAAAUCAAAUCCAUUGGAAGGUGUAGGAGAAUCCUGCUGAAACUGAAGUUUCACAGAGUAGAUGUUUUCCUCCAAAAUUUGCUAUUUGCUCUUAACAAAUUCCAUUUACAUGGUUUUAAAGAAUUAUGAUUUUUUUUUUCCUCUCAGAACAAUAGAAAAGAGCAUCUAGUCCCAAUUUGAACCAUUGGGUAUGUGGUCUUAGUAAUAUUUUAAAGUACUUAAAAACCUUAGGUCUGAGCACUCCAGGCUGUCCUCCUAGAAUUAAUCAUGAGACUAAGCUACAAAUUAGAGUUGCAUACUUGUUUGUGUUUUCCGAUUCCUUGCUACCUUUCUCCACUGCCUCUUGAGGAAAAAUAAAUCUGAGACAUGUAAAUCAGUUUGAGAGAAAAGAGCUUAAUCAACUAUCCAUGCAAAUCUUUCAAUUUCCUGUUCUCUGUAGAUGUUAAAGUAGGCCAGAUAGGUGACUGACUUGUGUUUUUGAAAUGUUGUCUAUUUCUGGAAAGAUCUGACUCAUUCCCGGCUCUUUCCAUACCCGUUAUUAUUAGUGCCUUAAGGUGAAACUUUUGUCUCAAUGGGAAGAUCUGUGCUGAGGAAGUUCAACUUAAUGGAAAGAGCUGCUCCACCGUGUUCCAACCUGAAAGCUUCCAUUGACUUGUAAUCGAUGUCAGUGAUGUCUCCAUUAGCUGGAGAAGUUGUGAGAGUUGCUUACCAAAACAGAUGAAUGAUUUAAGAGUUGGAAAUUCAUCCAAGAAUUAAGCCAGAAUGCCAAACUCUACUGUAGUUGAAUAGGUGUCGUAUACUUUAAAUUUGAAAUUCAGGAAUCUUGGGGGUAGAAUAUGAACAGCAACUUCUCAAGACAUUUUCUAGUUUGGUCUCCACCUAUUUCAAACAUCCAGGUGAAAAGAAAAGUACUUGGCACUGGAUCAGGGCUACUGGCGAUGGCUUUACACCUGAGGUUUCAACCACUCCAGUCUUUCACUUUGAUGAAUGCUAAAUGUCCCUUCUAAGACUCUGCUUUUCUCCCCUUGAUGAUUUCUGAUUUCUUUUGUGUAAUGGUGGAUGCAAAAUCCUCUCUCCAGUUGAAUAAAUAGUUUGGGCUAACGCAUAUGGAACUUUGCAUCCCAGCCUCUUCCCUUGGCCAUUAUCAAGUAAAGCCCUCCAAGGCAGGAGCUAAGAGGAUAAGAAUAUUCAGGGAGAGUUCUCACCCCGAGUAAGGAACUCUUCAAGUGGAAGGUCAUUCUCAUUCCCUCUAUCAAAUAUUCAGGAUCACCUCUGUGACAGCCCUGCAAAAUGUCUUUCCUUUGGUUAUUUAAUCACUUCUAACUAAUCAAGCAGCCAUUUUAGCUCUUGAGGUAAAAUCAAUAAAAUCAUGGUGAUUUUAUCACAUCAUUGAAUCAUUUGUCAAGCAUGGGCUUGUAACCCUUUUUUAUUCUCACUGGAGAGGUAUGAUGGGUAGGGACUCUAAAUACGUUCUUUGAAUAGAAGUGAACGUAAAUACAUGCAAAUUGCUUGUGUUCUUACUGAGUGAUGCAUGAAAACUUUUGACUAUAUUACAUUAAUUGUCAGCCAAUAACUAGUAAAUUCUGCACUGAUCUUUGGAUCAUAUAGGGUAAAUACAUAAUUUAAAGAUAAAAUAUUCCUGCCAGAGGCCAUUCUGAAUCUGGAAUUCUAGAAAAUUUAGUGUUAAGGGAAUUAGGAGCGCUCAGGGUGUUUUGAAUUAGUAGCAAAUGCAUGUUUCCAACAACUAAUACUGCAACAGGUUAACAACAGAGAAAAAGAAGAUAUAUAGUCAGCAAAAUGCUACUACACCUUUUACUUUUAUAUGUUAUUUGCUUUACACAUCUGAUAGGAAAUGCAAGAACUUUUGACUUUUCAUUUCAGUGGAGGGCAAUGAGCCAGAAUCUAUUUUAGAUACAAAGCGUUGAACCCACAACAUGCACUGAUGAACUCUUUUAAAGAAUCUGCGUUAAAUGACUAACAGGCACUAUUGAAUUAAUGAAGUUAUAUUAUGUGUGGUGGAAAAUAAUCACCUUGAGCUCACAUAUGGCCUGUUAGGCUCCCGGUCCUUGUUAGAUUGGGAGAUGGAAUGAACAAAAACUUGAUGCAGAAGCAGAUGCUGGGCAGGACCUCAGUGAAUCUAGGUCAUAAAUUCAAUGUCAUUUUGGGCUCCAUAAUUAUUGAGUUGAAAAUUUGGUAUGUGUAGAUGUGUGUACAUGUCCACAUGCCUGUGUUAGGUCUGAGUUUAAUUUGGCAACCAACAUUUCUUGAAAUUUUCGAGAAAAAUACCAGCAUCUUUUUGGCCCACUAUUUAUUUAGUAAGUUUUAGAGUACAGGUCCAUCAGUGUUUCAAACUAUUGGGUGGACAUUUCAGCGACUCAUAAAGUAGCAGAUUUCAGUUUUACUUAAAUGUAAUCUCCAGAGUGACCUGACAAUACAAAUUCAAUCACGCUGAUAAAGAAAAAUCAUCAGAACAUAUGUCAUAUAAUAUGUGUGCAUUUUAUCAAAUAGGAUUUUAUAGGAAACUGCAGAAGGGUGAGAUCCAACUCAUUCUCUAGCAGGAAGGAAACAACUUAAAAUGGAGUCAACUUGGGUGCCUUUAAUAAGGAAAAAUGUUAUUAUCCACUGUGUCUUUGGAAUUGAAAUUGGAGAACACAUACCAAUCAACUCUGGAGUAGCUGCUGGCUGCAUAGAUGCAGUCUUAUCUGAGAAAUUUGAAACUCAGAUCAUUUUGAUAAAAGGUACAUAGGAUUGCUGCUGGAAAGACUGCAGCUUCUAAAGAGGUAGAAGCACUUUGUAAAUGCCCAGAGUCACCCCCGGGUUCUAAUCCAGUCCUGCUUGAUGGAGUGUAAACAUGAGGAUUUUAAAUGGAAUGAUGUACUUUAAAUUCUUCAUUUUUCAAUGCCUUAGUCAACAAGUACUUGUUUUUUGUUUUGUUUUUUUAAACCAUCAGAACACUUGGAGACUUGUGAAGUUCACUUAAAGGUUUCAAGAUGCUUGAAAAUUAAAAAAAAAAAAAAAAAGUGGUAUCUGGUUGGGAAUGGUUCCUGUGUUCUUCUGCUACAGAACGAGUCUUGUAGGUUGCUGAAAACAACUAGCUGCCUCAGUUUAGAUGUGAGAACCCGCAUCUUGGCAGUGUCUUGAUUCCCCAGGUGCCGCCUUGCUCUCUCACUUCCUGGUCCUCCCUGCCUCAUUUGUACCUUGACCUUUAUUAGGAAACAGGCCUCUCAUGUGGUCUCCAACAUCCCAUCACUAAAACACUGCCAGACACAGCUCUUUCCUGCUGCUUCUCUACUCUUGCAGGCCUUUCUGGCUCACCUUCCUUGUUCUGUUCCCACUUCAUUUCCUCAUUUAACAUUCCCCUACUACAACCAUACCAAUAAAUGAACGAUGAGAGGUAUGACUGGACGAUCGUGUCAAUUUUUAUGUGCCUUGUUAUUGUAAACAGUUUCUGCCCAAGUUUCAGCUUAACCUAUGGUAAUCUCACCACACUGGAAUAAUUCCAAAUGAAAGUGAAAUGGCUCACCUUCCCCAUUUCUUACGGACCAGAAGAACAGAUGAAGAAAAGUUGGCAGAGGUCCAGCCUUACCCUGGAGACACAACCCAAAGGCAUCUCUCCAUCAUGAUCUAACCCAGGCCCAGUGUGCCCCAGAAUGCAGGGGUAAGUUUAGGUAUGAAAGGACUCUGGAAUAGCUUGUAAAAAUACCUAACUGUUAACCAGCACACCGGCGGCUUAGUUUAGUAUUCCCAGAACUUGUAAUUAUGCAAGAAAUUUAGUCCAAGCUACUUCCCGGCAGUCUCAAUAUGGGUGACACUGUUCAGAGUUUAUAGUAAUGUUCUUGAAAUUAAGUCAAAGUUCUCUCCAUUGCAUUAUGCGAGAACUGUAUAUAUGUGUUAAAGGGAUCUGUUUGAUUCCUUUUGGCAAGGAAUUGCAGAAAUGGCUUUUGUGUUUUUUUUGCAGAAAUGGUUUUUAACAAUGUCUGUUAUAAAGUGAGACCUUGGGAGUCAGCGAAGACAUUGUAGCCUUUUCACUCUGAAAUGGCAAAACAGUUGUAUUCUCUGGGUCUAUCAAAGACUCCUGUUUGAGGAUUGUGAAUGGAGAGGGUGUGUGUGUGUGUGUGUGUGUCCGUGUGUCCAUGUCCUCAUGCUUUCUGCCAUGGUGUUAAAACCUCCUUAUGAAGGCAUCCAAAGAAUACCAAGUGGUAACAGUAGGCAGUUGGCUUGAGUGAAUUCAGCCCCAUCUGCCAACAACUCAGAGAACUGGAGUUGUUCUAGAUAAGGUGGGCAAAGUCAGCCAUUGCCUUAGCCUGUUUCCACAGUAAGCAUGCUCUUCUCAUCCACAAGGAUGCAACUCAGUAGGGUUUGACCUGAAUCCCUGGCUCAUGUGUGGUGUUGGACUGGCAGUAGUGACCAGAACAGCACAAGGCCUGCAAGAUGUUCCUUUGAAAGAGAAAAUGCUGUCAUUUGUUAGGGCACAGAAACCAAAUGAUGGCCAAGGACAAUGCUCCUUCCAUGGAAAAGAGGUGAACUCUGCUGACAAGACAUUUUGAGUUGACUGAAUGAGGGGGUCAACCCAGCUAUAAGGAAUACUGCGGUCAUCAGACCCCAGGAAACAGUACGUGCACACAAUCUUAAGGGCUGUGAACAUGGGAAAGGAAGGGAAAAAGACAUUUAUAAAGUCAAUCUUAACAGUUGUUGCGAUACCUCUUAUUUGCAGACUAUUGGAUUUAUGUUAUUGCACUCUUCGUGUGAUCUCUUAUGUAUCGGAUAGUUUUUAUGAAUAAUUGUUUUGAGUUGUAAACUCUUAUACAUUUUAUUAAAAUGGACCUAAUAAAAGUAAGUGA